AACACCAGCUUCAAACCUCAAAAGCAAACCGAAAGCUGACGGCAGCAGUAAGAGUUAGCGCUCAGCUAAGUUAGCUCCACCGUUUAACCAACAUGAACCAAGACAAAUAUCCUCGCUCUUCGAUUGAGGACGAUUUUAAUUAUGGCACCAACGUUGCGACGGCAAGCGUACAAAUCCGUAUGGAUUUCCUACGGAAAGUGUACACCAUCCUGUCACUGCAGAUCAUCGUAACCACAGCUGUGUCUGCCCUCUUCAUGUUCUGUGAGCCCAUCAAAAACUUUGUGCAUUCAAGUCCUUCUGUGGUAUUGGUGUCAGCGAUUGGAUCUCUGGUUUUACUUUUAGCCUUGGCUGUCUACCGCCACCAGCACCCUGUCAAUCUCUAUUUACUUUUUGGAUUUACUCUGUUGGAGGCUGUGUCUGUGGCCACAGCUGUGACUUUUUAUGAAUACUCAGUGGUACUCCAGGCUUGCAUCCUCACAUCUGCUGUAUUUGCUGGUUUGACUACUUACACCUUCCAGUCCAAGCGGGACUUUAGCAAACUUGGAGCUGGGCUGUUUGCUGCCCUGUGGAUCCUGAUCAUUGCAAGCUUUUUGAGGCUGUUCUUCAACAAUGACACAGUGGAGCUGGUGUUUGCCAGUGCUGGUGCGCUGCUGUUCUGCGGCUUCAUCAUCUACGACACGCACCUACUGAUGCACAAAUUGUCACCUGAGGAGCAUGUGCUGGCCUCUAUCAACCUCUACCUGGACAUUGUCAACCUCUUCCUUCACAUCCUGCGCAUCCUUGAGUCCAUGAAGAAGAACUAAGUGUCUGCAUGUCCUUCUGCUUAGGCUGAACUUCUGUAGAUCCACAGGUGAUUUCAGAGUAUUGCCAUGUUGUUGCUAAAAUUAGAAUUGCAUCAAUCCAUUUCAGAACUAGCAACAGAUUCCAUUGUUUCUGAAUCCGGAAUCCAUCAGGAGAGUUUUUGUCCAUAUGCGACACAUGCAGAAAAUUGCUUCAUGAGGGAUGUAAAUUAUGAUGCCUAUUAUCACUGAGUAUUUUAAAUAGUGCAACACAUCUCUAACAGUUUCCUGCUCUAACAUAAACAGUGGCAAUUAAGUGAUGAAUUGAAUCAGGUGUGUUUGAGCAGGAAGCUCUCCAAACUGUGAAGGAAUCUGGAUCUUCAGUUCUCCACCUCUGCUAUAUUUAGUUUCUAAUCUUAAAGCGGAGUGUCACUGUUCUUGCACGUAUAAAUGUAGUACUAUCAAGUGGAACAGUGAAUAGAAAUGGAUUUUUCUACCUAGUUAUAAUGUACUAAUACUUUGAUCUCACCUCAAAGCAUGAUAAGAUGAAUCUACAGAUCUCAGUGCAGCACAUCAGUUAAAGAUUGUAUAUGAAAACUCGUACAUAAUUCCUUGCUUCUGUUUUCAGGUCUUUGUAAUGUGGAGGUGUUUAUCAUAAGUUGUGUUCAGUAGCAAUGUUUAUUGUUUGUGUUGUUAAUUUGGUAACACUCUAAACUUGACCAAUUAAGAGGUGGAUGUUUAUCAGUGGAACAAUGCAUGUUCAUGUCCAGUAUAAGUGAAAAUAGUACUAGAAGUAAAAAAGGCACUAAUUGCUCUAUUUUAAGAAAGAAAACUGUGUUCAGGAAAGCUACAGUGUUACCAAAACAUGUGGAAUUUGCAUAUUUCAUUACAAGUAUCUCAUAAUAUUUAAUAACUUUUGUAGCAGUAAAUCUACAUUCUUUACAACAAUUUCAUUUGCAGUGUAAAUUAUAAUGAAAACGCUUUCCAAAUUAUUGCUGUGUUUAAUUACAGUCGUCACAACCCUUUCUCCUGCUCCCUCAUGCCUGGGCUGUUUAGCAAACCUGUCAGUUACAUAGAACAAAAGGCUUAAAAAUAAUAUUGAAAGUAGUUGUGCAGUGCCACUUAAUGUGUAUAUCAGUCUUUUAAGAUUAUGUUUUGAAUAUCCUUGAAAGGGACCUCUGUGUGCUUUGAUUUUAACUUUAAUUUAUUUCCAGGACCGCAAGUGCAAUAUUUAAUUGUAAUGGGGAAAUGCAUCUCUGUGGGGAAAAUACUGUUUAAAACAGAAAUUACUUAUUGUGUUAUAAUCAACUGGGAGUAAUAAAUGCAGAUUAAAAUGUG